AUGAUAGGGCCCACCAUUCUGCAUCAUCAACACGAACUGUGUCUCAAUCACGACGAAGUUGCGAGUGUGGCGAUCUUUCUGUAUGACUAUCUGCUAACCCUGACCGGGGAAAUUACAAUGAUAUGGCCAUCACGAAGAAGUCUUGGAAAGAUCUUCUUCCUGGUCGCUCGCUAUUCCGUCUUCUUCGACAUCGCAAUCGCCUUCGCAUGGAACGUCCAUGACUCCAUUGCAUACUAUGUUCCAACAUGCAUUGUUUUCCGGACCGUCUCCCAACUGUUAGCGCUCAUCGGAAUCAUUGCGUCUGAAGCGGCUCCAAAGGCAUCAUGGCUAGCUGCGUUUGCGCACUCUUAG